UCCCUUCUCUGCCUUAACAUAAAGAGUUUGGCUCUAAAGAAAGUACUUUUUUAAAACCCAUAGGGGAAAGCACUGAUUUACAGGUGUUAACCCUCCACUGGGGUACAGCUGCAGUCUUUACCAGAUUAUCAAAACUGGAGUGAGGAGCAUGAAGCUUUACAUGGCUUUGCAGAGCCCCAGUGCACAGACAAGAAGCAUCGGUCUCCUGCUCUCUCUCCACCUCCUUUCCACCCAUGUGACUGAGCACUCCCUGUAUCAAGUGAAAGUUUUCAGUCCCUGGGAUACCUUGAUUUCCUUUCCAUCCACUCCACGGUGAGAAACAGCGUCUCUCAGACCUGCAGCUGCGCUGGCCAUGGGGAGGAAUGCACAACAGUUCAUCCUGCUAACCUUCGCCUCUGCAUUUUUCUCCUGCUUUGCUGAAGUGACCCUGGGGACUGAACUGUCUCCAGGAGCCACAUCCUUCCACCAUACGACUACCUCUGCUCAGCCACUUUCCUUUAAUCAUUCUUCAAGCCAUCAAGACACCACAGCUCAUUUUAACAGCACUGGCUCUCCUAAAACAACACCCAUAAGCCAUAGCACGGCUGUGCAGACAACAGACCAGAGUCAGGUAACAACAGGACCAGGCCAUCACACAACGGCCCAGGCAGGAGAGACCACCAUACAAGUGACCAGCCAGAAAUCUCCCACAGUGUUAUCCACAACGUCAGCAGACAACACAACUGCAGCUGGCCCGGCUACAACCCAGGCAAUGGAAAUGGUUACAGCUGCAGUGAAGAGCACAACCGUACACUUUAUAUCUUCAACCAAGCAAGGCAGAACACAUGUGAGCACAGAAAUGACAGCAACAGCCACAAAUUCAACCAUAAAACAUACACCACCAAAUACGCAAAUGACAUCCGCUGCCGUAACUGCUACAACCACCACCAUGGAAACUGGAAAGCCCACCACAGGGUCAGGAAAUCUAACAACCUUGCCUAAAAGUCUAACAGCCACAACCACGACCAACACAACAACUAUUCAUCCAGAGACUCAAACAACCAUCCCAUCUACUACAAGGACAGUGAGACCCACUCUUGCACCGCAUCCUUCUCCUAUCCCAACUGGCACAUACACUGUUUCCAAUGGGAACCAGACAUGCAUCAAAGCAGUCAUGGGUUUGCAACUGAUGGCUCAAAAUACACAGAAGCAGAUGGAGUAUGUGGCUGUAAACCCCAACGAGACGCAGACAUCUGGCAGCUGUGGGACCACACAGGCUGAGCUGAACAUAACUUUCAGUGGAGGGUUUAUAAACUUCACCUUUGUAAAGCAAGAUCCAGUGUACUAUGUCAGUAAAACUGAAGCCAGAUUGGAGUUAUCUUCUGGAGGUAUGCUUUACUACGCAGCCAUAAAUGAGAAGCUGUUUACAACAAAGCUGGGGAAUUCCUUUAAGUGUGCGAGCAAGCAAACCUUCAGCUUGGAGAAGAACUUCCAGAUACUCUUUGUUAACGUGCAGCUGCAGGCGUUUGAUAUUGCCGGUAACCAGUUUGGAAAAGAAGAAGAAUGUUUUCCUGAUAAAAAGAGCAAAGCAGCUCCCGUCGCAGUGGGCCUGAGCAUCCUGGGACUGUUUGUCAUCGUGUUUGUCACAUUCCUGAUUUCCAGAAGAAAGCCGCACAGAGGAUAUCAACGCAUCUGAGUAAUCUGUGUAGCAAGAAGAGAAGUCACAGGAGUUUUAACUUCUACCUGGCAAUCUCACUGCCCUGAAGCCAUAUUUUUAAGUGGGAUGACACCCUGUGUUUAAACCUGAUUAAUAUUUCUGGAAGAGAUUUCUUUAAGUUGGGAAGGAGAGAACUCACACCAUCUACUUUAGGCUAUUCUUGGCACCUAAUUUAGGUGUAGUCCAGAGGACCAAGUUUGAGGAGCUUAUAUUCUUUAUAUUAUCAACAAAGGAUGCAAUUCAGACCACCUAAAUCAGAUGCCUCAAAAUAGCUUAAAGCAAGCAGUAUCACUGUUCCCUGGAAAAUCCAUUAGGUAUCUUAAAGAUGGUGUUUAGAUUUAUUAAAAUAGAUGAGUCCAGCGACACGACCUUCAGGUGAAUAAACCAGAGGUCCACAGCUACAGACAACCCUGUUAAGUGAGAGCUCAGUGAAAGCCUUGUGGGAACAUUGUGCAUGCUAAAGUCUAAGGGCAACUGUUAGUAUGAUUUCCAUAGAUAAGCAAGUUCCUCCCAGUACUGUAAAUAUCACGGCUACUUUUCGUAAGUUGGUAAUAUGUAGUAAUAUGUGACUCUUACUCCAGAGAAAGUAUUUUUAGAAACUUUUCUAGGUACCAUGUUCAUGGAAAUCCACUGGCACUGUAUGCUCAAGGCUUCUGUGGGAAAUAAAAGCUUGCACAGGCCUUGGACAAACUCUCUGCCCCAAAGCAAAUGCUACCCAGUGAGCUCACAGCUGAGCAGCUGGAUUGGCAUCUGGAAAUAAUUUGGAGCUGCUUUGAAGCACGUUAAUUGUAACACUCUGUAGUCUGCUUCCGGCUCAGCCAAUGAUGAAGGCAUGAAAGUAGUAAUUGCUUUGGAGAUUCAAUUCAGCUAAUGUUAUUUGUUGUAACAAGAAAAAUCUCCUUGUCACAAAAGAUUGACAAAGCUCAACAAUUGCACAAAUGUGCACAUACAGACACACAUGCACGCACCACAUACAAAUCUGUUCAGUGCAGCAAACAACCUCAAAAUUAUAAGAAAUUAUAUAUAAAAACAUUUAUAAAAAAAAGAAAAUAAUAUUAAAUAAGAGCACACUUCCUUCUUAGGACUUGGGGUAAUGGCUUAAAUUCUACCAAUAAAGUUUUGUCUGGAAAAAGAUUGGAAUGGCACUCAUUGAACAAAAGAAACGCUGAAGUAAUCUCCAAAAAUUCCUUGUUGUUAAUAUGCUAAACAAAACAGAAAUACUGGGAGAUAAUUUCUAUUAAUAAUGGCCCAAUCAUGAGCAUUUAUUAAUGAUGAUGGAGCCUCAUUGGAUUUUCACUGGGUAAAACUGAUGACAAUGUCUUGUGAGUUACAUUUCCCUUAAGUAUUUUAAAAAUAAUUUUGAUGUUUUACUAGUUGGGAGUUUACUCAUCUAAAUUAAGAAGGAAAAUAAAUCCUUCCAUUCCAUUAAUUACUAGAACAUGCUGGUCUGUGUAGAGCAGGAAUCUUGGUCAUACUGUUCCAUAAUCACCAUAAUAUGUAGCUAUGGAAGUAAUUAACAGUCCCCAGAAAUUUUCCCUUUGAGUCUGAACGAAACAAUAAAAAAGAGAAAAAUCAAGACAUUUUCGUGGCUCUUUUGCACUUGGAGAAGCAUAAGACAGAAGUCAGAACCAGCUGUGCACAAGGGAGACAGUUCAGUACAACUAUAAGAUAAAGUAGCACAAGAAACAGAAUAUCAAACUUUCAAAGCUUUAACAUAGAUACAGUGCUUUGAACUGUAUUCAGCUGAAUAUUCAAAUUGAAAUUUGAUUGUUUCAACUAUUAUUUUGCAAAAGGCUCCAGCACUGUUAAUAUUGCUUAGUGAACUGUAUUUAGCUUAUUUUCACCCUUCCUCCUCCCCCCAUCAGUGGCCAGGACGCUGCUGAACGCAGGGACAUCGGUCAGGCCCUUGGCUUAAUAGAGUCACUCUAGUCCUAGGGUUAGUUAAUACCAUGAAUCUGUUGUUUAGAAAGCAGGUUUUUAUACUCAAUUAAAGCAUUUCCUUUUUUAAAAACAGGAGAAUUGAUGAAUUGAUGAGGUGUCCAGCAGAAAAGGUAAAUAUAUGGAAGAGAUUCCAUUUGAAAAUGAACCUGUGUUUCAAAAACAAACACUGCCUAAAAAGCUCAGCACUGCACAUGAUCUGACUCAAAGCCAUUCCAACUAGUGAUUAAUAGACAUCUUUCCCAUUCAAAAUUAAGUCCUAUUAUUUAACAUGUUCUUUGGAUUGUUGGGUUGCACACACCCAAUGUAGACACAAGGGCAUCCCAUGAGCAUGAUGAUAUCAUACUUAGCAAGAUCAGCAAGGAGUUUGUAAAGCAGGAUUUAAUUUCUUUCAGUCCUUUUUGCUCUCUGAUAGACAAAGUCCAAAUUAAGAAACAGCUGUUAAUUCUGGUUGAAAGAGGAAGGGAGAUGUAGAUUAGCUUCUUGAGUGUAUGGAGAUGGUUUGGUUGAUCACUUCGGCUUGCUAUAAUAUAUGGUUGCUAAAAAAUAAUUUGCUAUGAGAAGUAAGUUAUGCUUUUUAUUUUUCUAUUACUGGUAUUUCUAUAACAAAAGUUGUAUUUAGUCAUUAAAGUGUGCAUUGCUAUGCAUUUAUUAUAUUCCUCAAGUGCUGUCUCACCUAAACUUUUAAAAUCCAAGUACAAUCUAACAAACAGGCAGGCUACUAUAGGCUUUGGACACAAGCCACAGGCACAGAUAUACUUGUAUCCUAACCAUAUUGGUGAUUAUUUCUUCUGUGGCUUGGGCAGCUCAACUGACAUUUCUAUCUUUGUUUCAACAGAAUUACCAAAAAAAUAAAGGGGGUGUUGAAAAGAUUAUGUGAUUUGAUGUUAAUCUCCACACAACUUCCAGAAUAUCUGAAUUCACCAUGUUUCUUUAUAUGACUAAAUGUCUUUUUGUUUUCUAUUGGUGCAAUAAACACAGACCAUAACUCAUA